GAUCACAUAUUGCUUUAUAUUCUAAUGUGACGAAACGUGAAACUAAAUAUGACUUUAUAUCGUAAUAUAUAUGCGGCUCGCCGGUUCUCUGAUUAGUACCACACCUCGAAACGGCGUCAGCCACUUGGCAUGCAAUUUGUGUCUAUAUGUCUUGACAAUCGAUUCGAAACUUUGAUAUAAUUACUUCUGAACCUGUGUGGCAGAACACGGAUGGCCAGACCGAGAAGAUCGUCGUCGCAGAGCGGCUCAAAGGCUGGGAAACCAUUGAAGCAAAACUCGAGCAAACAAUAUGCCAGUGCUGAGGUUGCUGGCGCAGCUCGCACCAAAGAGCCGUUCACGCAGGAGACUGUCUCAUAUGCUGGAUUGCACAGAAAGUCAGGGUAUUGGGAAGUCUGUGUGAGGUCUGCGCAGACGUCUGUCUCUAGGUCUGUGUCAAGUCUUUGUCAGCGUUACCCGAGAGUUACCGGGGGAGGUCUGUCAGCGCUUCAGCCGCCAAAGGUCUGUCUGCCCGCCGUCUUACCUGAUCAUCUUAUCCCGCCGCCCUCUCUCGUUUGCCCGCCGCCUCCCUCAUUGCGCGCCGUCUCCUUCGUUGCGCUCCACCUCUCUCGUUGCGCGCCGUCUCCUUCAUUGCGCGCCACCUCACUCGUUGCGCGCUGUCUCUCUCGUUUGUGCGCCACCUUUCUCAUUGCCUGCAGUCCCUCCCGCCACCCUCUCUUGUUUGCCCGCCGCCUCCCUCGUUGCCAGCCACCUAUACUUGAACCGUGGGCACCACAUCAUUCAGUCCCGUCCUUUGAUUGUCCAAUAUUCCCCGCAUACUGUGGCGCAUGACGACCAUUGAUCUGGCUGUUGACUGCACUGGCUGUGGUAGCGCUGUCGCACUUACGAUAUGUCAGAGUGACCAGAAUGGCAACGCAGGGAAGCCUAUGGUCAGGCAUGCGCGAUGUCGAUUUUUCAGAUUCUUCCCCGAGCUCCUCCAAUUACCUGAUGUCCUUGCAAUCAUUCCU